AUGUCGUUUAAAUUAUUCUGCACACGUGCAAUUGCUAGCCAUAUAGGUGUAGGAAGUCGGAUUGGUUUUGAUGCUACCAGUUCUCUUUGGUUAAAGGCUGGUUACGCUACAAAAACCAUCAAUCUUACAUCUACUACGUAUCCCAAUACGCAUCGAAAUCCUGAUUUCGCUAAGGUCUCCAACUCGGAUGUCUUGUUUUUCCGGUCUAUAGUUGGUGAUAAUCAGGUUCUUACCGAUGAUUUGGAUGCCUACAACGAAGAUUGGAUGAGAAAAUACAAAGGACAGUCUAAAGUUGUGUUGAAACCAAAGACAACCGAACAGAUUUCGCAGUUACUCAGGUAUUGUAACCAGCACAAGUUGGCAGUGGUUCCUCAGGGAGGUAACACAGGAUUGGUCGGUGGCUCUGUUCCUGUUUUUGAUGAAAUUGUGAUCAGCAUUGCCAAUAUGAAUAAAGUCAGGUCCUUUGAUGAGGCUUCUGGUAUGUUUAAGGCGGAUGCUGGUGUCAUUUUGGAGAAUGCUGAUGGUUAUCUAGCGGAACAUGACCAUAUUUUUCCUUUAGAUUUAGGUGCAAAGGGUUCCUGUUUCAUAGGUGGUAAUGUAGCUACUAAUGCUGGUGGCUUGAGAUUGCUUAGAUACGGAUCCUUGCACGGUUCCGUUCUUGGACUCGAAGCUGUUCUUCCUGACGGUACCAUCUACGAUUCAAUGCACUCGCUUAGAAAGGAUAAUACAGGAUAUGAUUUGAAGCAGCUAUUCAUUGGUUCUGAAGGUACUAUUGGUAUCAUAACGGGAGUCUCAAUUCUCUGCCCAGCUCGUCCUAAAUCUGUAAACGUGGCUUUCUUAGGAUUGGAAAGCUAUGAACAGGUUCAAGAAACCUUUAAGAAGGCCAGAAAUGAACUUUGCGAAGUUUUGUCUGCAUUCGAGUUUAUGGAUCGUGGAUCUCAGGUGUUUGCCUCCAGAUUUCUCAAAAUGGCUCAUCCCUUGUCUCCAGAUGAUGAAAAUGAAGUUCCGGAGUAUCCCUUCUACGUCCUUAUUGAGGUGGCAGGGUCUAAGAAAGAGCAUGAUGAUGAGAAGCUAGAGUCGUUUUUAGAGAGCGUGAUGGAAGACGGAACUGUGGCCGAUGGUGUUGUUUCUCAGGACGAAUCACAGCUUCGGACCUUGUGGAAGUGGCGAGAAUCUGUUAGUGAGGCCUCCACUAUCGAUGGAGGCGUGUAUAAGUAUGAUGUGUCUCUUCCAUUGCCUAAGAUGUACUCGUUAGUUGAAACAGUGAGAAAGCAACUUGGAGAGAGGCAAUUAAUGUCCCAGGAGGAUACAGGUAUGCCUGUUGUGGAUGCCAUUGGAUACGGUCACGUUGGAGAUGGUAACUUGCACUUGAAUGUUUGUGUUAGGGAGUAUAAUAAGAAGGUGGAAACGGCGUUGGAACCGUUUGUUUAUGAACAGGUUCAAAAGGAGAGAGGAUCAAUCAGUGCAGAGCAUGGUCUCGGAUUCCAAAAGAAGCACUACAUCCAGUAUUCGAAGAGUCCAGUGGAGAUUCAGAUGAUUAAGGAUUUAAAGAAGCAUUAUGAUCCAAAUGGAAUCAUGAAUCCAUAUAAGUAUAUAUAG